UCAACAACCGAAAUGAAUUCUUUAAGAUUUUACGCCGUUUUAUUGGUGAUAUUUCCUAUACAUGGAAUACAAAGUAUACUUUAUACAACUGCAAAGAAUAACACGUAUUAUAUAGAGGAUACAUAUUUGUUUACCUGGUAUGAUGCUCAUCUUGAAUGCAGCAUCAGGGAUAUGGCACUUUUGAACAUCGAUAGUAAAGAAAAAUAUGAUGAUAUUUACGAACUAUUGCUCAGUGGAAAAUUUAAUGACAAACCCCCUCAUCUCUGGGUUGGCGCCAUCGGUAUAAAUAAAAAAUUUGCUUGGACUAUAACCGGAAAACCAAUAAUCCCCUCAUUAUGGUGUAACAUUUGUCCGAAUAAUCAUCCCAACAAUGAAAAUUGUGUAGAAUUUUGGGGCAAUCAGCACGGUUUGAAUGAUUUGAAUUGUGACUCGAAAAUUGGUUUCGUUUGUGAGGAUCGUGUCAAAAAAGUGGAUAAAUGCGAGGAAAAGAAACCGAGCUUUGUUUUAAAUAUUAUGCAACAUAAUUAAUUUUGUUUUGGAAGUGAACAAAUGUAAAAUAAACUGUUAACACUAAAAUGUUUUAAAAA